AUGUUAAACUGCUGUCUGUUUGGGACUUUAGGAUCCACCAGCUCCUCUCUGUGUGAGCACUGGAUCAGCCGUCUGAUGGGCAGCCGCCCCCCCAGCCAGGCCUCCUCCGGGUCCUCCAGGCGCACCUCGCUGGCGUCCCUCUCCGAGUCAGCCGAGUUCACUGCUGAACGGAGCGAAGAUGAUGGCUUAUCGAGCCGGCCGGCAGUAAGAGGCAUGCAAAGACAAACUUUCUCCUCAAGAUCUUCCAUUGCCAGCCCACUGGUGCUAAGUGAAAAUUGCACUAAACCGUCCUGGUCCCACUCCGCUAAGCUCCAACUCCGCUCCAACUCUCCGUCGCGCUUCUCCCUGGAGUCCCACUCCUCCUCCCCGACUCUGGAGAGGAUCGGAGAGGUGGCUGACACCGCCUCCUACUUCACGGGGUCCCCUAAACCUGACCGAGCCCCUGGGGGCAAGUCGGCCCUGGCUGCUGUGGAUGAUAAUGCAGGCAGUAAGAGGCUGAUAGAGCAGGUUCACUCCAAGGCAGUGGCGCAGGCGGAGCAGAGGAGCUCCACCCAGGCUGGGGAGAACAGCAACGUGGUCACUGCCUCCGAACAGAUCAGUCCUCGACACGGGGCCGCUGCAAAGGAUGCGAAACCCAGAAGUGGGGCUGCAGAUAGCGCUGGUGUUAAAAGGACUUCAGCCAGUCCCAAAAAGCGUCCUGCCACCUCCUCAACGUCCUCCAGCUCUAUGUCCCCCGCCUCCCCCGCUGUUGACAAGCUGCCGUCUCGAACGCAGACCAAGAGUGCGGCUUCAGCAGCAACACCGAAGGACAAAAGCGACGGGCCGCCUAAAACUAGCAAGGCCGGUUCCUCGAGAACAGCGACCCCCUCCAAGAAGGGGUCAUCCACAACCCCGGAGGUUUUACAUCCCGACUCUGCCCAACAGAGGAAGAGUGGUUCUCCGGGAACACAAAGCUCACACCCUCAGAGGAGGACAUCACCCAGAGGGGAGAAAAGCUCAGCCUCAGGAAGGACUAAAGCAGCAGAGAGGAGCGCUAGCCGCGAAUCCUCAAGGACUAACGCAGAAAAGAAGGUCAACCACGGGGCGCCUCCCUCCAGGUCGAGCACUGCUAACAGAGCGGAGGCUAGGCCGGGCCGGGCGGUGGAGAACCGGGCGGCGGGGCGUAGCUCCAGCAGCAGCUCCUCCAUGGCCAGUCUCCGCUCCUCGAGUGUGGGUGUGACCUCCACUGGCCCGCCAUCAAGAGGGCCUCAAAGGAACAGUAAGACCGAGGAUAAAGGCUUGUCCUUCUUUAAAACGGCCCUGAGGCCCAAAGAGACCCGUAAGUCAGCAGAUGGUGGGAAAGCAGGGGUGGGUGACGCUAAAGCGAGUCCAGAGGAUGGAGGUGGGGACGCAGCUCGGGAGGGAAUCCCACACGGGGCAAGCAAGAAAGCCCAGAACGGGGCUUCAGAGACCCCCAAUAAUGUGACCACAGCCAAAGACAAGGAGUCCUCCAAGGCUGCAGCUAAGCAUUCACUGCUGCCCUCCACCAAGUCCAAGCUAUCCGGAGCAGAAACAACCACCCAGUCCUCAACCAAUGCAAAAGACCCGACAAAGAAAGAGCCGACAAAGAAAGAGCCGGUUAAAAAGGCAAUGCAGUCCAGGAAGAUCCCAAUCAGUUCACAACAGAAGGCCAAGUGACGAUAGUUUAAAGGCCUGAUAACAAUCUCUCUCGUGCAGCUCUGAGGUGUUUUAACCAUCAACGUCUGACAAACAUCUUUAAAGCACCUGUAGCUUUUCAGUGGUUACUGAAUACCAGCUGCCAUACCGGACACAUUGUUAAAUAGUUAUUUAGGAAUGGAUUUUAACAAAGCACUUUGUAUGGAUUGCAUUGAUUUUGAGGAAUAUAUACUGUAUUGUAAAUAAGCAUGGACUGCACAUGUAUUGAAAUUAUUGCCUUGUUCUGUCUGUAGCAUAGUCAGGAGAAGUGCAUCUCGGUAGGGGGUGGAAAAUAAAAGUGACUUUGCACACGAAAGCGGAUAUAAUGGUGGAAGGAAAAUGUUGAGCAAACACGGACAACUCAGUCACCAAAGGAAGUUUACUGGCAAUUUUUAACAUGCUGAUUCAGAGAAAUAUUUCCAAAAAUCUUUAUGUACAGCUCUCUCCCUCAGUAUUGAGAGCCACAUGUCGACAAACAUCAGUGCCUCAGAUAAUCAAAGUAUUUAAUCUGAAAUGUAUAACUGCAGGUGUUGGUAAAUUCAAUUUUAAUAUUUAUUAAUCACUGAAAAUGUAAUUUCAAGUCGAACACAAUUUAGCCUAUUUAACCUGAACCGCUGUUUACAUAUGCUCCUGGAUGUAGUUAUUGUGCAACAGCCUUUAAGAAGUAUUUUUGCAGGAAGGAGAGGCCCGAAGGGGGAGGGGGGGGCGGGGGGGGGCGGGGGAACGAAGCAUGUGUUGUUUAAUGUCUGGAGACGUUGCUUUGUAACAUUUCUUAAAUGUUUUGUGUUUUAUUUACCAGUAAAUGACCUGUUACCCCUCAGACAACCUCCGCCCGUCACCACCUCUGCCCUCCAGCUGCUGAUGCCAACACUUAGCCGCGGUGCCCUCAUGGGGAUCAAACUCUUCAGACUGCCAGACAUCUCCAAACAUUCCUCUCAGAUGAACACAGGGUUAAUGUAAAACAAAUAAAAAAAGCCACUAUACGCGCACAUAUUUAAAGACAGCUGGGAUGCCUUGGUUGAAACCACCGUACAUGUACAUAGAGCAUUAUGGUAUGUUUGAGUCAGCCCGUCUUCACAUGUGACAUCACAGCUUGUGCACAUCUUUAGCUUCCAUCGCAGAGUAGAUCAACACUGAACGCACUGACAUAAAAGAGAUCACCGCUCAUGAAUUAUAUGACAGGUGUUGCAUGAUAAAUUGCUUAUGCAUGCACUUAACUAUGCAAGCAGAUUCUUGCUAAUGCCCACACUGAGUAUGUAGGAGUGCUACUCUUGGAUGUGUAUAUAUUUCUAACUGUAUAUUUUUCCAAAUGCCAGCAUCAGAGCAUGUUAAGGCAUCCUUUAUUAAAGCUUUGUUUGCACAUUUAUUCAAAGUAAUAUACAUUUUGUAUGAAUGAUAAGUAUUGCUCAUUCACCCUCUCAAAGUAAAUCAACUCACUUGCAAAUGAAUGUUUUCUGUAUUGUAUUCAUUUGUCUCACGGUUUUCAAACUAAAGUGACUUUUAACGGGAGAUUUUUUUUACAUGGCAACAAAAAGCUGCAGUUGUGACUUUCAUUCAUCGUCUGCUGUAGUGUGAGGUGUUCGGGAUCUUAUUUGAUUACAGUAGUGUUUUAUAAAAGAGCUGAGAACAGGCUUGGUUUCUGCCUCUACAUCUAAACGUUUUAAGAGGUUAGGCCGGGACCGUUUCAGACAAGAUGCUGAACUCAAACUUUAUUAAGAACGCUCACAAAAAAUAAUGGUGUGCAAUAUCUUUAUAUUGUUUUUAAGAAAAGUCAUUGUACGAUAUCAUCUCAAGCCUGUCUCAAAAGACAGAACACUGUACAUUUUUCACUGUGAGAGAUAGCUGAUUUUGUAAGGAAGAAUCCCACCAAGAAACACAUUUAUAAGAAAAUUGUUAUUAUUUACUCCAGAAUUAUAGAUGAACUGAAUGUCAGUGUCACAAUGGAGGAGUGUUUAUCAGUAACCAACAAACCACUAUCUGGCACAUGGUGCAGAAUUAUCUUUAGUGCCUGGUGGCUGCAGUGUGUUAUUACUGUGCUAUUACAUCUAACACAUGCAGUAUGUAAACCAACUGCCACAACAACAAUAAGGGAGUGUUGAAACGAUAAGGAUGUAUGAAUACAACAACAUGCUUAGAGGAAUGGUUUAUUUUCACAAACGCAUGAGAAUUAUUUUAUUUUUCAAUUCAUGUUCUGUAAUAUAAUGCAAUGUUUACAUGUAAUGUUUUCAUCUUUCUGUUGAGUAGCAGUGUGUUGUCAUUGAUUUACCAAUGCGAGAACAAAAAUAAAAUAAUGUCAAUAAGUAA